AUGUCAGUUGUAAAAACUAUGAUGGUAAACCGUAAAAUACACCUUAUCGCUGUUUACAUUUUAUACCUUCCGGAAGAAAAACGAGGACCAUUUCAAUUAUUUUCAAUGCAAAUAAAAAUAAUAAAAUCAAAUAAAAAAGUUAACUAUGGAAAAGAGAUCUUUUAACAUUGUUAUAGGUGUUACUGGAAGUGUAGCGGCAUUAAAACUACCUAUUCUGGAGAAAAGUUUGAUGGAAUUAAAUGAAAAACUACAGGACUAUAAAUUUCAAAUUCAUGUCAUAGCAACUGAAUACUCUAAACAUUUUUUUCAAACUGAUGAGAUAAAAAGUAAGAUUUAUGAUGAUACCUGUGAAUGGGAAACAUGGAAGAAGCGAGGUGAUCCUGUUAUGCACAUAGAAUUAGGUAAAAUGGCUGAUAUAAUGGUUAUAGCACCUCUUGAUGCAAAUACAUUGGCAAAAUUAUCAACGGGAAUAUGUGAUAAUAUGCUUACCUGCACAGUUAGAGCAUGGGACUUAAAAAAACCUUUGCUAUUCUGUCCGGCUAUGAACACUCGAAUGUGGGAACAUCCAAUAACAGCAACACAAAUUGCACAAUUAAAGAGUUGGGGAUAUGAGGAGAUACCACCAAUAAGCAAAUUGUUGAUGUGCGGAGAUGUUGGAGUAGGUGGAAUGGCUGAUGUUGGCACCAUUGUGGAUAAAAUUAAAGAAACGGCUGAUAGGCUUUAUAGGCAAAAAGGAUAAGACUGGCACUAGUGGGCCAAAGAACCAAUAAAAUUCAUUUACACCCUCAGAAUGGAGAUCAAUUUAUUUAUAUAU